GCAGCAGGCUGCCGGCUUGCAAGAGCAGACCACCUGCAGGCUGUUUCCUGGCUUGUGUCACAGCAAAUCAAAUCCCAAGGAUGGGUGCUGUACAGAGAGAUCAGUGCUUGCCCAGCCAACAUUUGUCUUUGAAAAGAAGGACCGUCCUUUGAAGCGUCCUGCAGAAGACCCAGUUUGCAAAGCUGAAAAUGAUUUCAUUAGUUUCUCCAGAAAACGUGCAAGAUCAUCAUCUUUUACUUUUCAGAAGUCUGACUUGCAGUCCAACACAGAUACAACACUCUCUCAGAAAAGAGGAAGAUCAUCUUCCUUUACCAUCCUUCCUACCUUUCCCCCCUCGCAGACAGUAAAGAAGAAUAACAUAUUCAUGACCUCAGCUCUCCUUCAAAGGAACACUGACAGCAAAAGUACAAAAGAAGGAUGCUUGUCACAAAAUCAACUGUGGAAUGUCAUUAGACCUGCCAUUUUACAGCCACCACAAGCCCGCACAUGUCCUGAAAAUCCCAUAGCAUCUCAAGCGACUGAGACCGGCGUACAUGGUCAGUUAUCUGAAGACAGCUCUUAUUCCUCAGCUGAGAAUUCAGGAAGUUUGAAGACAGUGGCAAGGUCAUCUAUUACUGUGAAUCUUUCUAGCCCUAAAACAAUACGAUUCAGAAUGAUGGUAAUAUACGUAUUGGAAAACCUGAAGGGAAGAUGGUGCUGCCUUUCAAAUCAGUUGAUACCAAUAUUUCAAGCCCAUUCACCUUCUGUCACCUGCACAGUAUCUAGCAAAAAAAGUCAGCAGGUUGAAGACAGACGUAUAGUAAGCAGCAGCAAUUCUGAUUUUGUGUUUGGAGAAAACAUGGUUGAGAGAGUUUUGAGUCCUGAAAAGCAUCCCGAGACACAUAACGGAGCUGAUUCAUACAAAGGAGAAGUAACAUCCAUGUACAUAGAAUCUUUUAAUGUUCAUCCACAAACAAAAACAAGUUUCAUGAAGAAUGCAACACUAACUGAAUCAGCAGUUGCUUGUAUUUCCAAGCCAGUGGAGAAAAUUCUGUUAGAUAAAAUUGAAAUUAUAACUGGAGAAGAAGCAGAACACAAUGUAUUACAGAUCAACUGCAAGCUCUUUGUAUUUAAUAAGUUUUCUUUAACCUGGAUUGAAAGAGGCAGAGGAUCCCUGAGGCUUAAUGACACUUCUAGCAAUAAACGUGGAAUGUUGCAAUCAAGGCUAAUUAUGCGAAAUCAAGGCAGUUUGAGACUGAUUCUCAACACCAGACUCUGGGAUCAAAUGGUGAUAAAAAGAGCAAAUAGAAAGAGUCUGUGCUUCACUGCAACAGACCAAGAAGACCACUCUGUUCAAGUAUUUCUAAUACAGGCAAGCUCAAAAGAUGCUGGAUGCCUGUAUGCAGCAAUACAUCACCGCCUUGUUGCACUGCGAAGCUUUACUGAGCAAGAAUCAGAUGCUAAUCAAAUAGACACAGAGUCAGAAAUAGCUUUUCAUCCGUUAAACUAUGAUAGUGAUGAUGAUGAUGAUGAUGAAAUAACUCAAGCAAGCAGCAGUGGAUCUGAUCAUUCUAGAUGGAACCGCAGGCAGCCCGUAGUCUGCUCAUGACAGCUACCAGAGGUUACAACAGUGCAGCUGGGAGCUCAUCUUCCUGAAAUCUCUGAGCUGGCUCAUCAGUCCCUGGAGGGAGGAAAUCAGAUGCAUUUUACCUUGAUUUUCAAGCAAAGGUUAAUUUUAGGGACAGCUUAAGUUUAAUACAUUGGAAAAAGAAUCUGAGAUGCACUUUGAGGAUUCCAGGCAGCGUGCUUUGCACUGAAAUGAGAGUGACAGGAUGGCUUCCAGUAUUCAAGAAGUGUUACAAAGGCUUCAGGUUAUAGAGGUAAAUAUAUUUAUAGGCGUUAUUAAAGUAAGGAAUUUAAUACUGAAUCAAUGUUCAUUCAUCAUAUUGAUGAAUAAAAUCACAUAACCAUGAGUGAUAGUAUACCUGAAGAUACACUUGUUUUUUUGGUCUGUGAUUUAAAAGAAGACUUUAAAUUGGGUUUCACUGAAAACAUUUAAAGUUGUGUGGCAGCAUUCAGCAUCCUGUUCAUAGUACACACAAGAACUGUCAAUGGCAGUUUAGCUUGAGCAAGUUCUAUAGUAACCAGCCUUCAUAAUCAUACAAGUUUUUUAUUUUGAAAACAUGCGGAGUUGUAGACUGGGAAUCAAAUUUUGUUAAAGGGCAAAGACCCAAGAUCUGCUUUUACACCCUCAAGCAUCAGGAGAAUUAAACAUAUUAAUAACUAUAAGCCAGAAGUUCUAGGGGGCAUCUGAGCCUUAAAAUCUAAAAGUGUAUCCGUUUGCACUCAUGAACACCUUCUUUGCUAUCUAAUCAUUCCUAUGAAGAAUUAGAAAAAUCAAUUCUCUCUAAUGCCACCUGUGAGCUAACAACGUACCAGGUCUUCCAUAACCCUAUGCACAAUACAAAGACACCAUGUAAUGCUCUUCGUUUUUAGGAAAUGUCUGUUUUCAUUCUCCUGCAACCCUGUGUUACUUUUUAUAUUGUUGGUUACUAAAUACUGUUUUCUUGUUAUCCUCAAAGAUGAAAAAAUGUUCUAGCAUGUCUGAAGGUCUCUUAAUUAAGGUAGUUGCAAUGAUUUCUGAACUUUAAAAGUCAUACUUUAAAACUAAAACUUAGUCCUCCCAUCUGAACAUAUAUAUGAAGUUGGAAGAAGUCCAGCUUUUCCCUGAAUUCUCAGUGCCCUGCCAAAAUUAGCAUCUGGAUUACGCUGAAUCUUAAAUAGCCUGCCAAAAUUAGCGCUUGUCUGACAUUGAUUUAGCAUCUGGAUGACACCGAGCCUAAGUGGGACUGGGGUUUUGCCCGCAGGGAAAGCGAACUGUUUUACAAGAGAACAUCUGUCUCAAAUAGUUAAGCUGGUAUACAGCAUUGGGAUUAUGUGACUCUCCAGUCUAUCGAUAUUCAACUAGCCAUGAUAACAAAAAUGUACUUCCCAUGACUAGCUGUACAUUCUGUUCUUUCCUAUCAGUCUCACUCCUGACCAUAGCUAUGUUUGUAUCGCUGACCUCCAUAUUUCAUUGCUGCAACUCAUACUUAGGAACAAAGCUCCAUGUUAUAAAAACUUCCAACAGCUGUAAAACACAGCACCCCUGCGUAUUUAGCAACAGGUCAUGAUGAGAACUUUGCCCUGGAGCUCAGCUGGUUAUGCCCUGAAUGCAGAGUUUGAUUUCAAAGUCUGCCCUGAUAAUCAAAGCCCUCCAUGAAAUAGGGUCCAAGUGCCUAAGAGGUUGUUGUGAUAUCCCACAACAGCUAAAUUCUACUACAGCUGUAAAAUCCUUGGCAAAUGAAGGAGUUAAUGAGCAGGAGAGACAGAGCUUUGGCAGACACAGGACCUAAAUUUUGGAAUUUGCUAUCAAAACAUAUAUAGCAAGGCUUAUAAUCAUCAGAAAAUAAAAACUCUCUUUUGAGUUGCCUUUUCCCAAGAUCAUUACAUAUACAUGCAAGAAAAUAUGUAUGUAUGCACACUCACUUAAAAAUGAAGCUCUAUCUCCUUCAAGAACUGAGGACAAAAAGAGACGCUCAACUAUUUUAAUUAUUUUGGAGAGUUUGGAUACUGUGGUAAUAGAAAUCAUAUAAUUACAUAGAUGUGCAGACAUAUUUAUGGUAUGAAUUUUUACUCCUGAGAUCCUAAUACAGUAUUUAUUCUAUUUAGUCUCAUUGCACUAAAAUCAUUGUUUUUCAAUACUGAAGGUAUGCUAACAUGUAAUAUAUUAAGUUGGUUUUGCUAAUGUAAAGUUGCCAGAGCAAUAAAACAUUACUGUGCCCCCCAAAUAAACCAUUUUCUUAUGUCUUUCA